CAGUUGGCACACACCGUAAUUCACCUGUAGCAGCUCUGGCUGUGGCCCGUAAAAAACCGACGCACACGUAACAGUCCAAAAACGAACGCGUAACGAAAAAGUACAACAAAACGCGCUUUUCCAUUUACCAUACAUCCCUCAGCAUUGUUGUUGUUGUGCUAUUGUUUAGGUAUUUUUUUCAUCGACAUUUUAUAUCGCGACCUUAGUUGCUUAGAGGCGUACGAGUGCGAUACAGGAAGCAGGCGGGUGCCAAGGGCGGUAUGAUAAAUACAGUAUUGUCGAAUCGGGAAACACACGAGCGGCUUUUAUACACCAUAAAGAGUAGCGCAAUUCGCGCGUAAUCGAACUCUGUUGAUUGCGAAACUAUUAUUAAAAUUUUUGAAUUUUUUUUAUCUCACUUCAAGUGCACACAUUUAGGCAUAGUCGGUGGGCUCUUUCACCAACGAAAAGUAGCGAGUGUGAUCGAACGCAAUUCCGUACGAAAUUAAGAGUGAAGUGUCGUAAUUUUAAUAUUAGCUCGAUAAAAAUUUGAAUUUUAUGCUUCGGCAUCAACGUUCAAACGCGUGUUAUUUCGAAAAUUCAUAAAUAUACAUACAUACAUCCAUAUAUACAUUUAUACAGGAUUGUGGCUGUGUUUUCCGGGAUAGUGACCAAUUUGAACUCGUGAUAACGAACUAGUGCAAGAUGGCAGCAGGUGGCUACGGCGGUUACGGCAAGAGAAAUCAUAUUAAAAAUUUUGGUUGUCUGUGGACGAUUGUGCUAUGGGCUGGAAUACUCAGUUUGAUUCAGUCCCUGAUAUGGAUGGGUCUCAACAUAGUUGGAAUAAUCGCGUACACCUGCAAUAUGCCCAUUAAUUCCUUAUUUACCUAUGGUUCACUGAUGGAAUAUGCCUUCUACACACUUUACUUUAAAGGCAGCUGCAUACCCUCCGACUAUCAGCAGUUCGAUCGCACAAUGCUGGAUUCGGUGUCAACAGUGCUCUCACCAGAGGACGUCUUGAUUUGGAAUUGCGUGUACCUGGCGGUGGCGUUGUGCUGGUGUAUUACAGCGGUGUUGUUGUUGACAAUGGUGAGAAAGGACAAUAUCACGCACACGAGCGUCGCCAUUUAUAGUUGGGUCGUGGCGAUAGCCUGCAUAAGUUUGAUGGACUUGGCGUUGGGCAUUAUCUUCGGCAUUGAUUAUGGUAAAUUCAAUAGGGCCGCUUACAAUUAUAAUUUGUCCAGCAUAAAUGCGGGCGCGAUCGAUCCACAGGCAGCUCAAUUGGUGGCUGGAGGCGUAGCAGCUAUUUCCUUGAUGCUCAUCUCAUUCAAAGGCUUCAUUUUGUGGCUGAUCAAUGUCGGUUUAAUGUGUUAUCUGCUAAAACUUGUUGUCGGAAUCACCAAGGAUAAGGACCACAAUGAUACAUUAUUCAUGCCCCCGAUGACGGAUAGGGAUUCCGAUGACAUCAUAUCUAACCGUCCGCCGAUUAAAGCUUACGAGGAAGACAUCACAACCAAAGUCUACACUAAUGACGCCUUUGUGCCGGACAAUCGUUCUGUGGUCACCGUCGAAUUAAAUCAGGAUGCUUUGGCGCGAGCUGCACGCAUGUCGUCCGAAAUCUUAACGCAGGGAUCACGCUUCCGUAAUGUGGACGCUUACCAACAGUAUCCACCACUACGGCUUAACAACAACAAUAACAUUGCUGCCAAUAACAACAAUCACUUCGUCAAACAAGCGUCAAUAAAUGACAACGUUACCGUCAUAGGAACAGCAAGUUCACCGGAUGUGAUAUCACCCUAUCCGGUGCCGGACUAUACGCCACCAAUGUCGCGCGCAGCUAACGGUGGAAUACACAAUCAACGCUACCAAUGAAUGAGUGCGUGCGAAUGAAGUUCGCUCGAAGAAACUGCAUAUCAUUUCAUUGCGUCAAUUAAAUUAGCUUAAAUUAAGUGCCAUCCAUUAGCUUCAUUCCGUUAUAAUAAUUUACCUUAACUACAUGUACAUUUUUAUGCAGUGUGAGUGCUGCUCAGCGUUCGAUUAUAGUAGAACGCCGCCAUUGCAUCUCGCUCUCUAAAUCUGCCUCCGCUUUUAACUAUAUAUCAUCAAUCCGGCAACACUUCCCUUUUAAAUUCACUUGUUUUCCUUAGCAAAUCAUAGCUUAACAUAUAUAUGUA